GUCUGCAUCAAGUCUAGAAGCAAGGACUCAAAUUUAACAGAAUCCACCUUAAAUUCCCUGCCUUAACUCCAGCCCACCUUCUGCCAAACCGAGUGAGAAAUUCAGAAGCAAAAGGAGCGGUGAAAUUUGGAGUUAAUAAGCCAAUAUCCCUUCACUGAGGGGGAAACACAAGCACUGCGAGGAGACUCAUUUGGACUUGAGAGAGGGUAAGUGCUCUCAAAGCAGAAAAUUUGAUGAUGACCAUGACUACGAUGGCGGACGGUCUGGAAGCUCAAGACUCGUCCAAGUCUGCUUUCAUGGAGUUUGGUCAGCAGUCUCAUUCUCAGCAGAGCUCCCCGUCUAUGGCCGCCAGCCACUACCCGCUCCACUGCCUUCAUUCCGGCUCUCACUCGCAUCACCAGCACGAUAAUUCCCCGUACUCCAGCACCAAUUCCUACAACAGAUCGCUACCUUACUCUUACGUGAGCCAUUCCCACCACAGUCCAUACUUAUCAUCCUACCCCAGUAACAACACUGCCGGCCAGACACGGUUAGAUGUCACAGAGCAGCAGAAAACGACAGUGAUUGAAAACGGAGAAAUCCGAUUUAAUGGAAAGGGGAAGAAGAUCCGAAAACCUCGCACCAUUUAUUCCAGUUUGCAGCUACAAGCUUUAAAUCACCGCUUCCAGCAAACACAGUACCUUGCGCUUCCAGAAAGGGCAGAACUUGCAGCUUCACUUGGGCUUACGCAGACACAGGUAAAGAUAUGGUUUCAGAACAAAAGAUCGAAAUUCAAGAAGCUGUUGAAACAAGGUGGUAACCCUCACGAGAGCGACCCGCUAACCGGGUCCAUUGCCUUGUCACCCCGUUCCCCGGCAAUCCCGCCAAUAUGGGACGUUUCGGCAACCACUAAAGGAGUAAACAUACCAGCCAGUAAUUACAUGGCCGGAUAUUCUCACUGGUAUUCUUCUCCGCAUCAAGACACAAUGCAGAGAUAGGCUCCCAGAGAACGCAACAGGUAGGCCAGAGGCCUGGAUGAAGUGGUCCUUUUGGAAACCAGUUUUUCCUGUAUAUGUGAUUGAUGACGUCUUAAAAACAAGUCAGUCGCCGCCGAACACAACAAAGACCUUGCAAAGAGGAUACAAGCACUGAACGGCUUAUCUGAAAACACAAACUCCAAAGGAAUAAACAGCAUGUUUAACUGCUCCUGAUUGUUCCAUGGGAUUGCCUCUACCUUGCUCUUGUCUCUUCAAAGUGGACUUUUUAAUACCAAAAAUAUCGCAGAUCAAGAACAGUCUUUAGAAGGCGCUUCACGAGGACUUGUGAAAUUACGUUUCUUAAAUGGACCGAAAUUGUGUCUUUGCAUAAUGUUUUACUCUUUUUUAAUCAUGCAAACAAAGCAAUCUGUAUAUGUAUAUAUUGUUCGACUUUAGUUGUACAUACUUUUUAUGUUUUGUCUUUCAUUAAUGGAGUAAAAUAUGACUUUAAA